CUUCCGGGAAUUACUUCUAUCAACCGACGUUAGCAUGAGCUAAUAUCUAACACAUGUUUUUAGACUAUUUUAAACUAGUCUAAAGCAGGCUGGCACUCGGUUUUCAGCGUGCAGAAAUGACGGACAGAGGCGGUGGUGUGGAGUGGGUUGAAACUACAGAGGUCCUUAUAAUUCAGGAGUGCAUUCCUCCUGAUGCCACUAACUCUACAGACACUGUCACCUCAGUAAUGCCUAUACUGGAGCCAGCUGAAGCUCCUAUCCAGAAAUUAUUAGAUACAGUGGUACCAGGAGAGAGUGCUGGCUUUUGUUGUGAAGAGUGUCUGUCUCUAUUUCAAGACCAAAAUGACCCCGCUAAUGUCAAUGGACCAUCCUUCAUACUGGACUUUCCAACAGUUAUGGGUGUGCCGCAGCGGGCGCUUCUCACACUACCCUUUGGACUCAUGAUUGGUAGAUCCAGUAUUCCUAAUGCAGGUGUGGGUGUGAUCAACCACGGCCCUACUCUGUCUCCUGGGAUGCACUUUGGGCCAUAUGAGGGAGAAGUGGUUGCAAAGGAAGAUGCAUUGUCUAGCAAUUUCUCAUGGGAGAUAAACAAAGGACAAGAGGGAUAUGAGUACAUAGACGGUGUCAAAGACACUCAUUCAAACUGGAUGAGGUAUGUGAACAGCGCUCGUAACAAAGAAGAGGCAAAUCUGAUAGCAGUACAGUACAAAGGCAGCAUUCUGUUUCAUUGUUGUGGUACGGUCCAUGCUGGGGAUGAACUGAUGGUGUGGCCUAGCAGCAAAAUGCUUAGCCAGUUCAGUGAAGCUUGGACCCUGUUCUGGUUUUCUAAGUUGAAUACAAGAGAAACCAACACAACCGCCUCCACCCAGAUCUUCCUGUGCCCUCAUUGUCAGUUAUCCUUCACCACAGAGACUUACCUACAGCGACAUAUUGAAAACUUCCAUUCGGACCCAAAUAUUGAAAUUAUUGAACUUCCCUCUCCUAAUUUAGACACGGGUCAUGAUGGACAGUCAGUUGGAGACCUCCAAGAAAAAGCUUCCGAUGACUCUAAAACUUGCUUGGACUGUGGCAAAAGUUUUAAGCAAAUUGCACACCUUAAUAGACAUAAGCUUUGUGUCCAUUCAAAUGAACGACCAUUUUGUUGCACACAUUGUAAACGAACUUUUAGUCAAGCAUCUGGUUUAAUCAGGCAUCAGCUUGUGCAUAAAAAGCCAGGUUUGAUAUCACAAAAAGAUCUAGAGUCCAAUGAAAAUCUCACAUAUGAAAUUACAAAUCCAGAUGAUGUUCAAGAGGAGAUUGAAAACCAAAAUUCUAAAGAAACUGAGGAAUCAACUGUUACUGAAAAUUUAAAUUCAACAGAGGAACAACCCCAAGUUCAGCCUGAAGAACUUAAAAAGUGUCCAGACUGUGAUAAGACGUUUAGUCUUGAGUCUAACCUAAAAAAACAUGUAGCGCUUGUACACGCUAACAUUCGCCCAUACGUCUGCUCGUUCUGUCAGAGGGGCUUUAGGCAGUACAGUGACCUUUCCAGACAUCUGAAAUCACACAAAAAGUCAAAGAAAAAGCUGGUGGAAGAUGUCAGUGAUGAUGAUUCAAUAGUGUUGAUUAGCUGCCCUAUAUGCAUGGUCACUGAACCCUCCGUAGAUGAACUUAAGGAGCACAUCAAAAAAGAGCACCCAGAUGUUGUGUUUGUGGAGAGCCAAAAAGAAGACCAACCUGAUGACCAACCUGAGGCCCAAUCUGAGGACCACUCUGAGGAUAGCAAGAUAAAAGUUGAUAGCCCCAUACCACAACAAGAAGAAUCUGAUGUAUCUUCUCCAGUAUCUACUUAUCAGAGACCACAGCGGCAUGAAGCAAGAUCUAAAAUUUCAGCUCUGGCAAGACUCAUAGCUCCAAAACGCAGAAAAGUCCAAAACCCAACAACACCAACCACCAAAAUUGCAUCUAGUGAGGAGAGCUGUCCCGAACCAGAGACGCCGACUAGCAACAGUGUAAAACCAACCAAAAAGUUCAAAUGGUAUGGCUGUAAUCGCUGUAAACGUACAUACCCCAAUCCCAAACUGCUCAAAACUCACAAAUGCCCUGCGAGGAAACUCAAAUGUCUUCAAUGUGGAGCCGUUUUUAGCAAAUCUGGGUUUCUCAAAAGACAUGAGCGGACAGCACAUGGCGACACUGAUUAUAAUCCCACACCUGCUUGUGAUCUGUGUGGUAAGGUAUUUUCAAGUGCUUCGAAACUUAAACACCAUCAAAGAAACAAAAACUGUGAUAAAUACCUUUGCAAGUCCGAAGUUUUCCCUUGCCCUUUUUGUCAGUUUUCAUUUAGCAUCAAAAACUACUUACUCAAGCACAUAAGGAGGCACCAUCCUAUUGAUUAUCUGUCUCACUGCGAAUCUGAAACGCUUGAAGACCUUGGCGUGGAGGAAGAGGUUAGGGAAAAACGCUUCAAAUGUACGCUAUGCCAAAAGACAUACGUGAGCGAAAAAACAUUCAAAAACCACGCAUGCUUUCAACAGGCCAAAAUUCUUUACUUGUGUCCAGAUUGUGGUAAAGGUUUUAGUAAUAAAUACGGUCUGAAACAACAUCAACGAAUUCAUACCGGAGAGAAACCAUUCAGUUGCCCCCAUUGCCCCAAAAGCUUCACACACGUGGGGCAGCUCAACGUGCACCUCAGGACACACACAGGAGAGAAACCUUAUCUUUGUACGCAUUGUGGGGAGAGUUUUCGACAAUCAGGGGACCUAAAAAGACACGAGAGAAAGCAUACAGGAGUCAGGCCCCACACCUGUCCCGAAUGUGGUAAAAGCUUCAGUCGGCCCCAGAGUCUCAAAGCUCAUCAGAUGCUCCACCUGGGUCAAAGGAUCUUCAAAUGUACCCAGUGUGGCAAGAGCUUUUCCAGAAACUACCAUCUCAGGAGACAUCACCAGAAGAUGCACUCAUAAAUGGGAUGAAGAGGAAGUAGAUAUGAAACAAUAAAUAGAUAAUUAUGUCCAUGGUUAAUACAUCCCCUUAGAAUUAAUUAAGUUAUUCAUAUAUACUUCUCCCUUCAUCAAGAGUUAGUAGAGGUUGGUAAUUUUAUUUUUUUUUUGUUUAUGAGCAAAAAAUAACAUCCUAUGUCCAUUGUGCUCUAUGAAUGGUCAGAACAUUGAAUCUUUCAGAACUACCAGAAUAGUUAAUUCUAUAUGGAAAAUUAUAGGCCAAGUGUAUCUAGGCAUGAGCUUUACAUACUGAUACUGCAAAGCUACUAUAAAUCAUCAUGGGAUCGGUUUACAAUAGUAACAUUAGAGGCAGAGAAAGAGACUUGAGUUUAAUAUAAGGAAGUUCAAGUUUGAUUUUGUAGAGAGAACUGAAUCCAUAGGCAUUCAUAAUUAUGUCUAUGAUUAGAUAAAGAUAUUCAAAAAGAGUUUGGGUUGUAAACACUCAAGUCGAUAUAUUUUGACUGCUGGUACAGAUGCUUUGCCACUGCUUAUUGAGAAAAAGGUAAUUAUUGUUUUCAACAUAUUUUGAAAUAUGAAAUAUGAAAGUUGUUUAAAAAACAUCAACUGUAUUUCACUUUCAGGAUAUUAAUGAAUUUAGGUUUAAUGCCGUAUGGCUUUGCUAUUUAUGCAUUGCAUUACAUGUUUUUAUUGGUUCCUUUGUACAGGGGCUGUUUUGUAUAUAUCUUUUUUUGCUUAAUCUGGCUUAAGUUAAAAGUAUAAUUAGUCACAAUAUUGUAUUAUAGAAUAAUGGAAGAUGUCUAUUUUGAAAACUAAUGCUUAUGUAAUUUUCCUUUUUAAUAAAAAUGAGACAUCUUGAA